AUGGAGAAUCGUAGCGUGGGUUGUGGGGGAGCAGCAGGAUGGUGGGUGUAUGCACUAGUUCCCCUGAUUUCCAAUUGGCCUAACUUCUGUUUCUCCGAUAACAUUCAAGUCGAUAGAAGUGGUAUUUGUGCAUGGAAGCAGCACUUGUCGAUUCUGGUUACUGCUUUCGUUUGUGCAGCAAUUCUCUCCUGGUGGAGUAUUGGUGGAGUAUUGCAGAAUAAGAAGAAGCAGAUUCCAGGGCCCCGAGGAUGGCCCAUAAUCGGAAGUCUGAUGGAAAUGAGUGGCGGUCAUGCUCACCGUAAGCUUGCUCGAUUGGCGGCUACUCACGAGGCCAAAAAGCUGAUGGCCUUCAGCUUGGGAUCUACCCGCGCAGUCAUAACGUCCGAUCCAGAAGUGGCCAGGGAGAUCUUGAGCUCUCCUCACUUUGCGGAUAGGCCUCUCAAACAAUCUGCGCAGCAGCUCAUGUUUGGGAGGGCAAUGGGCUUUGCACCCAACGGUGAGUAUUGGAGGAUGCUGCGUAGGAUUUCAGCUACUCAUCUCUUUAGUCCGCGGAGAAUCGCCGCGCACGAAGCCGGGCGUCAGGCAGACAGCGUGAAAAUGCUAUCUGAUAUACGCAAUGAGUGCGCAUGCAAAGGUGCCGUCAGCCUGCGUCCACAUCUCCAAGCGGCGGCUCUCGGAAACAUCAUGGGAAGCGUGUUUGGUGUAAGGUUAGAUGGUGACCGAGAGGGCAGAGAGGUAAGGGAGAUGGUGGAGGAGGGGUUUGAACUGCUAGGGGCAUUUAAUUGGGCCGAUCAUCUUCCCUGGUUGCGACCGCUUGACCCUCUGCGAGUCCACGCCCGUUGUUGUCGACUCGUACCUCGCGUUAGGGGUUUUGUUCAAAACAUCAUAAACCAACAUCGACAGUGUCCUUUGCCAAGGGACACAGCCGAUUCAGAUUUCGUGGAUGUUCUACUUUCGCUUCAGGGACGCGAUAAUCUCCACGACGACGAUAUCAUCGCGGUUCUCUGGGAGAUGAUAUUCCGAGGCACAGACACCGUGGCUCUAGUUACAGAGUGGACAAUGGCAGAGUUGGUAUUGAAUGAAGAAAUACAAGGGAGAGCUCAGGCGGAAUUGGAGGCUGUGGUUGGGCGGGACAGAAGCGUGCGGGAUGAGGACAUAGCAAGGCUUCCAUACCUGCAAGCGGUGGUAAAAGAGAGUUUGAGAAUGCAUCCACCGGGACCUCUGCUGUCGUGGGCGCGUUUGUGCACGGAGGACGUUGAUAUUGCAGGAGGUAUGCAUGUUCCAGCUGGAACGACAGCCAUGGUUAACAUGUGGUCCAUCACUCACGACCCUGAGAUCUGGGAGUCCCCUCAUGAAUUCCGGCCAGAGAGAUUUGUCGAAGAGAAAGUAGAUGUUCGGGGUAAUGACUUGAGGCUUGCACCCUUCGGUUCAGGUCGGCGAGUCUGUCCAGGAAAGGCCCUUGGCCUUACCACUAUUCAUCUCUGGGUGGCAAAACUACUCCACCAUUACAAGUGGACUAUUACUCCUAAACACCCAGUAGAUCUCACCGAGGUUCUCAAGUUGUCCUCACAAAUGGUCACACCCGUUACUGCGAUUGCCACAACCAUAAACCCUUACUGA